AUGGGCCUUCCACUAAUCUCGAUAGCUCUACUCGCGGCGGCAAUAGCAAGCGGACUGCCGCAGCGCGAUGCACCGCAGCCAAGCUGGCACCAGUAUGUGCGGUCGCCAUCAUCUAACACUGUCAAGCCGGUUCGCAUUCUAGGCGACAAGACAAGCGGGAGUGUACAAAACCCGAACGGCUUGAUCAACGGCAAUGGAGCAACCGUCCUCAGCCGCCCAAAUACAAAUGACCCAGCCCCGGCUGUGGUUGUUGACUUUGGUCAGAAUGUCGUGGGCUUGCUGUCCGUCCACUUUGCAAAGUCUGUGAACGGUUCAGGUGGACUACCAGGUGUUCGGCUUGCAUUUUCGGAAACACUUCAGUUUCUCGGCGACAGAAGUGACUUCACACGGUCGGACAACGCUGGCGGGUCUGAUAAAAUCACCCAAGGCACAGAUCAAAUCGCAGUGCAAAACAACGCGUACACCUGGCAGGAUAAACACGGCUGCCAGAGCGAUGGCAAGGUGUGCUCCGACGGACUACACGGAUUCCGCUAUGUCAAGAUUUGGCUGGAUGCGCUCGCGUCUGAUGCCCCCCACACGUCCUCUUCGGGAUCUGUUUCCAUUUCCUCCAUCGAUCUCGAAUGGUCCGCCUAUCUCGGUACACCUAACACUUUUACUGGCUGGUUCGAAUGUUCCGAUAAGGAUCUGACACAAUGGUGGUAUGAUGGCGUAUACACUGUCGACAUGGGCACCGACCUGUUCUUGGCCAACGAGACAGAGCCACGCGGGGCGGCGAGCCAAACGCUCGUGGGCAAGCAAGUACUCUUUGACGGAGCCAAGAGAGAUCGCGACCCAUACGUUGGAGACAUGGCGGUUGCUUCCUUGACGUCAUAUCUCUCGCACAAUUUUGCUGAACCCAGCCUUAAUGUUCUCGAAGACCUCGCCAAGCACCAGCGAAGUGAUGGGUGGAUUCCGCCCGCGAGCAUAAACGGAUAUACUCUGCCACUCUUCGACUAUCCGCUAUGGUGGGCCAUUUGCAGCGUGGACCUGGUCAUGUAUACUGGAAACACUGCCUUUGCGAAAACGUACUGGAAUACGCUAAAGAAAGUCCUCGACAAUUAUUACGCCCAGUACAUUGAUAAGAGCUCUGGUCUGUUGGUGAAGUCGGCAGGAAUGGGCUACGGUGACUACGCCUUUCUGCCACGCUCUGGCCCUAUCACCUACUACAAUGCUCUCUACGUACGUGCCCUUCGUUAUGCGGCGCAGCUUGCGCGUGGUUUCGGUGGAGAUUACGCCUCCUCUGCGUCUAGCUGGGAAUCCCGCGCGGCGUCGAUAUCCGCUGCUGUGGCCAAGCACAAUUUUGACACCGCCACCGGCGCCUUCUUUGACGGCGGCCCUUGCCCUGGCCAGCCAGCCGGGACCUACUGCAAAGUUCAUUCGCAAGACGGAAACUCGCUCGCGAUCAUGGCGGGUGUAGUCAACACAACCACCUCCCAGCAGGUGCUAGACUACUGGGCCAAGACCACGGCGCACCCGUAUGGCAAUGCCUUCUACGAUAGCAGCGUGCUCAGCCCCGGGGAUCACUUCGACGAGCGCGUGUAUGCCUUUAUCUCUUACUUUGAGCUCGAAGCGCGAUUCCUCACGACGGACAGAGCGGAUUCCGCGAUCGAGGAAAUCCGUCGCCUGUACGGCUGGAUGUCCGCACACGAUCCGCAAAUCACGAUGUGGGAGGGCAUCGGCCCGGGCGGCAGCCCCUACGAGGGCGGGUUCACCUCCAUGGCCCACGGUUGGUCGACUGGCAUUGUUCCCCUGAUGAGCAACCAUGUUCUGGGAGUGAAGCCGAUGUCGCCAGGUUUUGCCUCCUGGCAGAUAUGCCCCGCCGUCGGCGCUGGAGGGCUAAAAUGGGCCAAGGGCGUCGUGCCUACGCCGCUCGGUGGUAUCGAAGUGUCGUGGGCAACGGGUAGCGAGGCAGGCAGUGGGAAGAAGCUGACCAUGUACAUCAGCGCGCCGAAGAACACCAGUGGUGCGGUCUGCGUCCCUCUGGUAGCCGGCGCUUCUCGUGUCGAAGUCGACGGCAAGGCUGUCCCUGUGAAGAAGGGCGCCAAGUCUGUAGUAGUCAAUGUCAAGGGCGGCUUGUCCCAUUCAGUCACCGCGGAAUAG